AUGACAGAAGUCUCGUCCGUCCAGGCGCAUGCUGAACCUCAGCCCGCAUCGCUUGCCCUAUUCAACGUCCCUGCAGCACCGCCUUCACUCACCAAUGGCUCUCCCGCGCCGCGCGAGGUAGCCGCCGAGGAGGAAGAGUCGUCCACGAUCAAGUGCAUCUGUGGUUUCGCCGACGACGACGGCAAUACGGUGCUGUGCGAGAAGUGCGACACAUGGCAACACAUUGUCUGCUACUACGAGUCUGCCUCGCAGGUCCCCGAUGUCCACGAAUGCACAGACUGCCUCCCAAGACCUAUCGACUCGCGUGCCGCAUCCGAGAAACAACGUCAGCGUAGGGAAUUGCUCGUCAGCGAGAAGAAGAGCAGGUCGAAAUCAACUGUCAAGAACCCAAAGAAGCGCACCAAGGAUCCGCUCGGCUCCGUUCAGCCCAACGGCUGGCCGGUACAAUCGAAUCAUGACCUUCACUACAACCCAGACCGUAAGAGUGGCAGCCCAAGGGACCAGCCUCCACCUACGAAGCGGCCAAAGACCAGCCAUCGCGCCUCUCACUCGGUCAGCGUCAUCAGCCAAGCACCUGCCCUCGCUCCUACCUCGCGCAAACGAGGCGCGUCGGUCAUGCUCAACGGCCACAGCCCUGUCAAGUCUCCCACGAACCCAGACGGACCCAUCGAAGACUUUUCCAUUGAAUUUAUGAGCCUGUAUACCCAAGCUGAGGUGCCUUCACCAGAGGGCAAUUCCUACACACGCAUCGAUGUAGCCAACGACAUUGCGACAUGGCUCACUGAUCCAGAUGCCCUGGCCGAAGCUAGUGGUGGUAAGAAACCACAGGACCUCUUCUCGCGAAUCGAGACCCCGAUACAGGAACUGGAGGCUCCUGAAAUCGUCAGACGAGUCGAUAUCGACUCUGCCACGACGGCACACGGCCUGCAUCCUCAGUGGCACUUCAUCACCGUGGAGGCACCUGUUGCUGACGGAUCCCGCCAACCGAUGGGGUCUGCUGCGACACCCAGAACCCUUUGUCUUUUUCCCUCCACACCUGCCAAUAUACAUUGA